AUGGGGUUGAAAUCUGAGAAACCCAAAUCUCCUAGGGUCACGCAAUCUUGCGAAACCCUUGUUUCUGUCAAGAACCGCGGUGAUGGUGCAUCAUCGCAACAUGCAAAUCUUGCAACCGGAAGCAAGAAGAAGAAGAAGCGCACCAAGAUCACCUAUUCCAAGAGAAAGAAGACUCCUGUUGUUGAAGAAUCUUUCCCCAAUGUUGCUGUGACUCCUGAAGCAGAAGAGAAUCCCACAGCCCUAAUCAAUGAGGAAGUAUUCGUGGCUAGCAUCAUCGCUGAGGUACUUGAAACCCCUAUCAAAUUCACUCAACAUGCAGAUGAGGAACCUCAUGUCGCAUCACCAGAAACUGCUAUUCCUGAUCCUCAAUCCACGAAUGCUGAGGAACAUGUAAGUGGUUCUCAACCUGAGGAAGUUCCUCUUCCUGUUGAUGAAACGCAUAUCAGUUCUGUGAAGGAACCCACUGUGGUUCCAGAGUCUCCUCCCAGGGAAACUCCUGUGGGUUCGUCAGAAAGAAUGGCUGACCCUAUGGUCACUCCUCCUGUUGCUGAAGAGGCAGUGAUUGUGGAAGAAGUGCAUGAAGAAACCGAAUCAGAUGAAUUACUUGCAAAUGUUAAAGCUGCUUCUGGUUCUAGUAAGAAGCACAAAAAGAAGACUGUCAUUGUUAUUGAUGACUCCCCUGUGAAGAAGAGUGUGAAGAGGAAGUUGUCUGCUGAUGUAGAUGUUGAAGAGUCUGAAGUGGAACCAAAUGUUCCUGACAUUGUUCCAUCUGCAAAGAAAAGAAGAGUUGGAAAAAGAAUUCCAGAGAAUGUACCUGUUGCUCCUAUGGAUAAUGUCUCAUUUCACUCUGAAGAAAGUGUUGGUAAGUGGAAGUAUGUUUACAAGCGUAGGAUUGCUCAGGAAAGGGAGUUGGCUACUGAGGUUCUUGCUUGCCAAGAUGUGAUGGAGUUGCUUGAAGAAGCUGGGUUGAUGCAGACAGUGGUUGGUUUAGGAAGAUGUUUUUACAAACUAGUGAAGGAAUUCAUUGUCAACAUCUAUGUGGAUUGCAAUGUCUCCAGAAGUCCAGAGUUUCACAAAGUCUUUGUCAGAGGUAAAUGCAUUCAUUUUUCUCCCUUGGUUGUCAAUAGUUAUUUGGGCAGAAGCUCUGCUGAUGUUGUUGGUGAGGAGAUCUCAUUGGAUGAGAUUGCUGCUGAAAUCACUGCUGGCCAAGUCACGCACUGGCCCUCUAAAGGUUUGUUAUCAUCUGCUUAUCUAAGUGUGAAGUAUGACAUUUUGAAUCGCAUUGGAGCUGCAAAAUGGCCACCCACCAAGCAUGCUUCUAAUGUAUCCUAUGUGCUUGCAAAGCUGAUAUAUCUGAUUGGCACUCAUGCCCAGAUAGAUUUUGGAACUUUUGUUUUUGAUCAAACCAUGAGGCAUGCUGAUUCUUAUGCCUUGAAGCUUCCUAUUGGUUUUCCUUGUAUGAUCUCUGAGAUUAUUUUGAGUCAACAUCCUGAUAUCCUCUCUGCUGAUGAGUCACCUAGUGUGAAGGCUAGUCCUUUGACUAUUGACAACAGGUUGUUGAUUGGGACUCAUGUUCCUGAUGUUGCUGGCAUGACUGCUAAGUCUCAUAAUGCUGGUGCAAGUUCUUCCAAGCCAAAUGAGACAGUUAUUGCUGAGUUAAUGGCUCCAAAACUCUUCAAGAGACUAUCACAAGCUGCACUAUAA